AGAGAGAGAGAGGGAGAGAGAGAGAGAGAGAGAGAGAUUUCUGCUCAGGCAGCGCCAUUGUUAGUGAGUGCUGAGCUAAUGAAUCAGCACAUCAGUGCUAAAUCCAGGAUCUGAUACAAGUGUAGAUAAGCUCCCCGUUCUCCUAAAGAGCAGGGGCAUCUUGGCAAAGCCCUGCUCUCCAUGCUCAUGCCGAAGCCAAGGUUCCAAAGGAGAGCCUAUGUUUUGAAACCCUCAAGGCUGGGUUUUGACCCCUUCUCUUCCCAAUCCACCCCACUGUCUGGGACCCUUAUAAGGAGAUGCUGCAGGGGAGAGGCAUUGCUGCAAGGGGAGAGACUGCCUUUGGAAAGAACCAGAGGAGGGGGCAAGAGCUUGUCCACCUGCUCUGUCCACCCACUUCCCCUGCCUAGGACACGUAUGAGGAGGAUCUGCCUGGAAAAUGGCUGCCUGACCUGACGAGCUGAGGGGUGGGGAGGCAUUAUUUUCCCUCUGCUUUUGGUAUUUUGAGGAGAGCUGCUUUCCGACAGCAGAAAGAAUGUGUUUGAGAUUGAAGAUUUUUUUCAUAAAGCUGCUCUUGAGAUUACUGAGCAACUGCUGUCUGAAGCUUGCGUAAGUUGUGUCUUCUUGUGAGAGUUUAGUAUUCACCCACACAAUACGCUGAAAGCAAAAUUCACCACACAUUUAAAGCACUUGGCGUCCCCCAAAGAAUCCUGAGAGCCAUAAUUUGGUAAGGGAGCUUGGAAUUAAAGCUCUGUGAGGGGAUAUUACAGAGUUAUUGGGCGAGGGUGAAGCUAUGUGCUUUAAAUGUGUGGUGAAUGUCCUUUCAAUAUGUGGUGUGGAUGUGACGUCCGCAAUGGUGAGUAUCUCUUUCUUUGAUAGAUCUUCCCUUUCCCCUGACAGGAGAAGAAUUAGCAAGACACCAGAAUCAGCUACUGGAGCAGAAGGGGAAACACCAGAAAUCACUGCAGAGGGAGGAGCAGGAACAGGAGCAGAAGAAGGAAAAGUUGAGUGGAUGAGAGUCCGGAAGGCUCAAGCCAUGGCCAAGGGGAAGGCGCUUCUCUCUACCCUUCCCAUAGAAAAUGUUGCAAGUCUGGGCCAGGAAGGCAUAGCAAAGCUGGCGAAAGCAAAGCUCAAAGAAGAUCCAAGAGAAGGGCCUGCCAGCCUCAAUAUGAUGAAAGUCCUUAAGUAGUCCCUCUCUUUCCAGUGGACUGUUUUCUGUUGUGGGGUCCUCUUUUCCACCUUGUUUUCCUUCAACCCUUUGUUUUCGUUUUGGACAACUUUGGACCACAUGAAGCUGGGUCAUCCCUGCAGGAUGGGCAAAGGUCUCUGCUGCCUGGGAUCAGACCCACAGUUCAACUUCAACCUGCCUCCUCCUUCCCAUUAAGCAAGCAGGACUCUAACCACUGGGUUCCUCUCUACACCAGAGGACCAAGUCCCUGGCUGCCUUGCCUCACAUCAAACAGUUGUCUUAAAAAAUACAACGGCAGCAAGUUUUCUCUA